AUGGCGGAAGCACUCGCAGACAAGCUUAAGGCGACGUCCUUGGGCGAUGGUGCCGCACCUGAAGACUGGAAGAAGAACCUGAAGCUCCCCGCCAAGGACAGCAGACAUCAAACCGAGGAUGUCACGAACACGAAGGGCCUGGAGUUUGAGAACUUCCAAUUGAAGAGAGAUCUGUUGAUGGGCAUCUUCGAGGCUGGUUUCGAGAAGCCGUCCCCCAUCCAAGAAGAGGCCAUCCCCGUUGCCCUCACCGGCCGCGACAUCCUCGCUCGUGCAAAGAACGGUACCGGCAAGACUGCAGCUUUCGUCAUCCCCGCCCUCGAAAAGAUCAACCCCAAGGUCUCCAAGAUCCAAGCCCUCAUCCUCGUCCCCACUCGUGAACUCGCCAUGCAAACAUCACAAGUCUGCAAAACCCUCGGCAAGCACCUCGGAAUCAACGUCAUGGUCACCACUGGAGGCACUGGCCUCCGCGACGAUAUCAUCCGUCUCCAGGAUCCAGUCCAUAUUGUGGUCGGUACUCCUGGAAGAAUCCUCGAUCUCGCCGGCAAGAACGUUGCCGACCUCAGCGAAUGCCCCAUGUUCAUCAUGGACGAAGCCGACAAGCUUCUUUCCAUCGAAUUCACCCCCGUCAUCGAACAGCUUCUCCAGUUCCACCCCAAGGAUCGCCAGGUUAUGCUCUUCUCCGCUACAUUCCCUCUGUCCGUCAAGGACUUCUCUGACAAGAACAUGGUCAGCCCCUACGAAAUCAACCUGAUGGACGAACUCACCCUCCGCGGUAUCACCCAAUACUACGCCUUCGUCGAAGAGAAGCAGAAGGUGCACUGCCUCAACACCCUCUUCUCCAAGCUGCAAAUCAACCAAUCCAUCAUCUUCUGCAACUCGACCAACCGGGUCGAGCUGCUCGCCAAGAAGAUUACCGAGCUGGGCUACUCGUGCUUCUACAGUCACGCCAAGAUGGCCCAGCAAGCGAGAAAUCGUGUCUUCCACGACUUCCGCAAUGGCGUUUGCCGAAACCUUGUCUGCUCCGAUCUCCUCACUCGUGGUAUCGAUAUUCAGGCCGUCAACGUUGUCAUCAACUUCGACUUCCCCAAGAACGCCGAGACCUACCUUCACCGCAUCGGUCGCUCCGGUCGCUAUGGCCACUUGGGUCUGGCCAUCAACCUGAUCAACUGGGAUGACAGGUUCAACCUCUAUAACAUUGAGAAGGAUCUCGGCACUGAGAUCCAGCCCAUUCCCGCUAGCAUCGACAAGUCUCUCUACGUCUACGAGAACCCCGAGUCCAUUCCCAGACCCAUCUCCAACUUCAAGGCCGGCCAGCCCGGUCCCCAGGGCCAGCUUCCGGCUCCUCAACAGCUCCUUCAGGGUCAGCAGCCCGCCCCUGGCAACUGGCAGACCCAGAACCCCCAACAACAGAACGGCUACCAGGGCGGCGGCAGAGGCCGCGGACGCGGUCGUGGCGGUUACCGUGGCCAGGGCCGCGGCGGCUACGGUGGUCGGGGACGUGGAGGCGGCCACCACGCCCAGCAGCCCCAAGGACAGGCGUCCUAG